AUGAAUGACUCGGAUUGGAAUACAAUGGUGAUUCCUCUGAAAUUUACUUGGCGACCAACCGAACAUGAGUUGAACAGUCUCAGAAACUUAGUUAGUCUUCGAAUGGCUCAACGAGAACUGAUACCAGUCGAACAGGAAGGCGACACCAAACCGUCAGAAAUUAUCGAUAAUUUUCUGUAUCAUGGCAAUCUGCAGCACGCAAUGAACACAAAAUUACUUGAAGAGCUCAAUAUUCGAUGCAUUGUCAAUGUAUGCGAUUGCAAAUUGAAUCAAGACAUCCUUGAUCGAUGUCAUGUCCUGUGGAUCAAUGUAGAAGAUGAUACUUAUACGGAUAUAGUUGAAUAUUUCGCAAUGACUAAUCGAUUUUUGCAAUCUUGCUGUAAGGAAGGCCAAAAAGUAUUGGUUCAUUGUCAAAUGGGUGUAUCUCGGUCUUCUUCGAUCGUUCUCGCUUACUUGAUGAAGUACCAUUACGGCUCUCUGGAUAAAGCUUAUCAAUAUUUGGUUGGAAGAAGGCGUUGUGCGGAACCCAAUCUUGGCUUUCUCUUACAACUGAUUCGAUAUGAAAGGGAAUUGCUCGACGAAAAUAAACCCACAGACAGACAGAGUAUUGACAAGGAGAAAAAUUCAAAUGAAGGCUCAGCAAUUUUGACCAAUACGUUGAAUUCAUCGCAUUGUAGUCUGUGUUGUUGGCCAUCCAGGCGCACUGUCAACAUGUGA